AUGUCGGCCUCCGAGCAUCGCGGCCCGACUCCUCAACAAGGAGGGCAGCACGCAGCGGGCCUCCACCAAGACGACAGCACCUCUCCCUCCGGUGUUUCGGGCUCUUCGGUGUUCGUGGGAGGCAUGCGUGAUGGCGGCUCGGACCCUUCCAUGCUCAGAAAUGUUGCCAUCCUGGCCAGCUCCAAGUUGGCAAAUCAGCCUGGCCUAGUGGAUGGCUCUCCUGGAUCGUAUCCCAUGGACAAGCUACUCGCCAAGCUCACGGAGCAGCAAGCCGUCCUCAACCAGCAGAACGAAGCGUUGAGGUCCGCCGAAGACGACAAAAACAACAGAGUUCAUGCGAGACCCGCCGAGCACGCCUCUUCGAGCAACUCGUUGCCCAUCACCCCGGCUUCCGAAGGGUUUCCAGCGGCUACCCCCAGCACCCGCCCUGCAAGCGCCGCCAUCGAGGACUCUCGUCCAGAGACUGAUGAAGUCCUGAGACUGAAGCUCCAGUUGGCUCAAGCGCAGAAUCAAAUUUCCAAGCUGGACCAGGAGCUGGCCAAGACCAAGUCCUUCAAGGGAGAACAAGAACCCCAGGGCUUCAUGGUUCCGCGAGGCAUGCCACCGGUCUCCCGAGAACCAACCUGGGUGCCCCCGGACGAUUCUCAGUCUGACACCAGUGACGCCAUGUCCACCACUGCCCUCAAUAGGAAUCGCGGCAUAUGGGGCCCGUCAAAGGGAAAUUUCGCCAACAAUGCCUUCCAGCCUCCGGCCAGUGAGCCGGCCCCCGGAAACUGGUUCGGUGGUCGAGGCUUCGGUCAGGCAUUUGGAGACUCGAACGAACCCUAUCCUGUGGUCGACAGCUUUCGUGCUGAUCGGGCCGCACAGGACCCGGCACAGAUGAUGCGGCCCCCCGCCGGUCGAAGAGGCGGUCGCUACGACCAUCGACUGAGUGCCCCGAACCAGUUCGCGGGUGGCUUUGGAUCUAUGACCGGACCGGUUAACCAUCUUGAUCCCAUGGCUGCCCAAUUGCCCAUGAAUGCACCUCCGGGACUUGGCCCCAUGGGGCUUGGGAUGUAUUCGCCGUAUCAGCAGCAGCCCAUUGGAACGCCCUUGUCCCCUCACGCCUCCGAGUUUACCUCGAAAGCAGGCUGGAAGAAUGAGGUCGUGCCGGCUGAAGGCCCAACGUACCUCCCAGCGACGGAACCUCUCAAUUAUCGCCGACUCCUUGAUAAAAACGUCAGCGCCAAUUGGAAGUACAUCGUGGACAAGAUCGUUUGCAACAAUGACCAGCAGGCGUCCAUCUUUCUUCAGCAGAAGCUCAAGGUCGGCAGCCCUGAGCAAAAGUAUGAGAUUGUUGAGGCAAUCGUGGCGCAGGCGUACCCCCUGAUGGUCAAUCGCUUCGGGAACUUCCUGGUUCAGCGUUGCUUUGAGCAUGGGACUCCCGAGCAGGUGAUCAAGAUCGCGGACGCCAUCCGAGGGAACACCCUGAACCUUUCCAUGGACCCGUUUGGAUGCCACGUGGUCCAGAAGGCGUUUGACUCUGUCCCCGAAGAUUACAAGGCAAUCAUGGUGCAUGAGCUCUUGCGCCGCAUCCCGGAGACUGUUAUUCAUCGUUACGCCUGCCAUGUGUGGCAGAAGCUCUUUGAGCUUCGUUGGACUGAGACGCCGCCUCAGAUCAUGAAGUAUGUCAACGACGCCCUGAGGGGCAUGUGGCACGAGGUUGCCCUCGGAGAGACGGGCAGUUUGGUCGUUCAGAACAUCUUUGAGAACUGUCUUGAAGACGACAAGCGCCCAUGCAUCGAAGAAGUACUCGCCAAUAUCGACAUCGUCGCCCAUGGCCAGUUCGGAAACUGGUGCAUCCAGCACAUUUGUGAACACGGCGCCCCCCCUGACCGCAGCCGGGCGAUUGACCAUGUCAUUCGCUACGCCGCUGAGUACAGCACCGACCAGUUCGCCUCAAAGGUCGUCGAGAAGUGCCUCAAGAUCGGUGGCACUGACUUUCUUGGCCGAUACCUGGACCGAGUUUGCGAGGGCCGCCGCGAUCGAACCCGGAUCCCCCUGAUCGAUAUCGCGAGCGACCAGUACGGCAACUACCUCAUCCAGUGGAUUCUCAACAACGCCACGCCUCAGCACCGUGAGAUGGUCGCCGCCCACAUCCGCAAGCACAUGGUGUCCCUGCGAGGCUCCAAGUUUGGCUCGCGAGUCGGCAUGUUGUGCACCAAUCAUGCAGUUACUACUCGACCCGGUCCCGGGGUCGGUCCCGGCAUGGGCAGCCGCAUGGGUCCUGGACCUCGAUUCGGAGGCGCGUAUCGUUAA